GACCCCGCAGCGGGCGUGAUGCUGGAGCCGCGGGCCGAGACCGAGGACGGCUUCGAGCGCCACCUGGGCGUGAACUUCCUGGGCCACUUCCUGCUGACGCUGCUGCUCCUCCCCGCCCUGCGCGCGUCCGGGGCCGAGGGUCAGGGCUCGCGCGUCGUCACCGUGGGGUCGGCCACGCACUACGUGGGCGCCGUGGACAUGGCCGACCUUCACGGGCGCCACGCCUACUCCCCGUACGCGGCCUACGCGCAGAGCAAGCUUGCCCUCGCCCUGUUCGCCCUGCGGCUGCAGCGCGUCCUGGACGCCCGCGGCGACCCCGUGACCUCCAACAUGGCCGACCCUGGCGUGGUCGACACCGAGCUGUACCGGCACGCGGGGUGGGUCCUGCGCACGGUGAAGCGGGCCCUCGGGCGGCUCGUGUUCAAGAGCCCGGAGGAGGGCGCGUGGACGCUGGUGUACGCGGCGGCCGCGCCGGAGCUGGAAGGGGUCGGAGGUCGCUACCUGCGCGACGAGGCGGAGGCGGAGCCGCUGGGGGCCGCGCGGGACCGGGAGCUGCAGCGGCGUCUGUGGGCCGAGGGCCUCAGGCUGACGGGCGCGGGGGGCGGGGACGGCGACGGCGUCGCGGGGUGA